AUGGCCACCGAAGAACCCAUUGUCGCCGUUGAACCUGUGACCGAACCAGCGAUUGCCGAACCUCAGGUGCUGGAGAAUGAAGAACCAAAGGCUGAAGUAGAGAAGCCUAAGAAAGCCAAGGAAUCAAAGCCUAAGAAAGCGAAAGAAUCAAAGCCUAAGAAAGCUUCCAAACCACGAAACCCUGCUUUACAUCCUACUUACGAAGAGAUGAUUAAGGAUGCAAUAGUGUCGCUGAAGGAGAAGAACGGUUCGAGCCAAUAUGCUAUUGCAAAGUUCAUUGAAGAGAAACACAAACAGCUUCCUGCGGCGAAGAAGCCAGUAGUUGCCAAACCGAAGACCAAGCCAGCUGCCAAGGUGAAGGCUGCGAAGGCCAAGACGGCCGUUAAGCCUAAAGCGAAAGCUGUUGUUAAGCCCAAGGUUGCUUCAAAGGCCAAAUCAGUCACUAAAAAGCCCAAAGCGGCUGCCGCCAAGCCCAAAGCUGCUGCUAAACCCAAGGCUGCCGCGAAGCCCAAGGCCAAGCCUGCAAAAGUUGCAAGGACACCGAAGAAGACGACACCAGGAAAGAAAGUCGCUGUUGCGAAGCCCACACCUAAGAAAGCACCGUCUGCAAAGAAAGCUCCCCUGAAGAGUGUGAAGGUUGAAACCGUAAAAUCUACAGCAAAGAAGGCUUCCGGGGUGAAGAGAGGUGGAAGGAAAUGA